CCGACACAUAUUUUACUGGGUUUAGGAGGCAAAAUACCAGUGAAAAUCAGUGGUCACAUCAGUCCUUCGCGAAACUGGUUAUCGUGUCCUGUCCUCCCUAGAGCACCCGCCGCCACGACUGCGGCUGUCGAACAAACUAGACAAACAAAUUACCUCUGAAAACGAAAGUUAAAAACCCAGAUAACCAAGUCGAAGAAGAUCAUCGAACACGGAAGUUCAGCACAGUAUUCCUGUUGUACACGAACGUAGCGACUAAAUUCGAAUCACAAUGGGUAAUUCAGCUUCUACGUUAAUAGGAAACCAAACAACAAUAUGUCUAAAUGUACAAACGUCUGCAGCUGAGAAACUCCAGUCAUUGUCAGAGCUCAUAAGAAAGCAACAGAAGGAUGCCAAUAUUGCCAAGGCAACAUGUGCUUCUGCUGGUGCUAUUGGUGGAGGGAUGGUACUUUUGGGGGCAGCUUCGGGUUUAGUGACGGGGGGAAUAUCCUUGGUACUUAUGGGUGCCGGAGCUGCAGCUGGACUCGCCGGUGGGGCCGGGGAAAUGGCGGUGUCUUGGUUGGAAUCUGAGGAGAUGACAAAACGUAUUGCCGAGGUUCAGAGUAUUCUAGACCAGCUGAGAAAAGAAACACAGGGUCUAAUCGCGGCCUUAAGACGGAAAAGCAAAUAUAGAGAUGUCCCAGACUAUGACACAUUACUAGAAAACAAAACGAAAUUGGAUUGUGCCAAAAAAUGUGGAAGACGGGCAAGAAAGGCUAUUUCAGUGGUCAGCAUGACGCUACAAGUCCAGUGGAUGGCAACUGGUCUGAAGCCAGAGGAGGUUGGUGUCCACAACAUCGCAAAGUUCAGACGAGGGUUAAGCUUCCUGGGGAAGGUCAAGGCUGGUAAGGUUAUCAAGUCUGCUGGUGUUGCGGCAGCUGGUAUCAGUUUAGCCUUCGACGUCAAAGACGUGUUGAAGAGCCUCAACGAUGUUAAAAACAACGUGUCCGAGGUCGCUGAUGUUGUUGCAAAUAUGGCCAAUGUACUUGGUGUUACUGAGUGAACCUGCUGUUGGUGACAAUUCCUGUACAUUCCAAAACAUUAAAAAAUUGUUAAAAGUCAUUCCCGAGAUAUUGUGAAGACUCCGAAUUCAGAAGUUCAGUUGUUUAACGAAAUGCGUCUUUCAAUUGGGCAUGACUGCCAGAAACUUUAAUGUAUUGCCUUACAACCCUUUUAGCGGGAUCGGCAUGUUGUAAAAGACCAUGUUGUCGGAAUACAGGAAUGUUAGAUUUGUUUCUCGUCAGUAAUUCAAUUUUCUGAACAUGCAACAUGGUGUGUUCUGCAAUCCUUGGCCACACCAUAUCGUUUUUCCGAAAUGAGCGUAUUGUCACCAGUGAACACUAGUUAUUUUACGAGGUGUUCGUGAAAAGGUCAGCCCUGCUCUUGUACUUAGUACAAUAUUUGAACAAUAGGUUCACAACAUCUAAUUUGUGUUGUUACAGUUAUCAUUCAACCUGUAAAAUAUAAAGUCUUUUUUCUGUGAACAUUAGGGAUGAACAUACUGGAUUUUUACAAUAAUAUUUUGGAGCUGUGAAACAUCCUUUCGCCUGUGGAUGAGACUGAAUACAUAUUAUUUCGUCUA